AUGUCUCGUAUAGAAUUACUUACACCAGAAGGUUUACGUGUUGAUGGUCGUCGAGCUAAUGAAUUGAGAAAGAUUACAGCAAAGACAUCUGUUUUUAGUCAAGCUGAUGGUUCUGCUUACAUUGAACAAGGUAAUACUAAAUGCCUUGCUGCUGUUUAUGGCCCUAGAGAGCUUCGUUUCCGUCAACAUGGUUUAGCUGAUCGCGCACUUAUUAAUGUUGAAUUCAAUGUUGCACCUUUCAGCACAAGUGAGCGUAAAAAGAGAUCAAAAAAUGACAAACGUUCACUUGAAAUUGCAGCUUUUAUUCGCCAAACUUUUGAACCUGUUAUUUUUACUUCUCAAUUUCCUAAAACACAGAUUAGCAUCUAUCUACAAAUUUUCCAAAAUGAUGGAGGUGUAUUGCAAAGUUGUAUUAAUGCAGCCACUAUGGCUUUAAUUGAUGCUGGUAUUCCAAUGUUGGAUUAUGUUUGUGCUUGCUCAGCUGGCUGUAUUGAUAAAGAACCUGUAUUAGAUUUAAAUAAUAUCGAAGAAUCAGCAGAUACACCCGAAUUAACAGUUGCGAUAUUGCCCAGAACUGGAAAAGUGACGUUAUUAGAAAUGGAAUCAAGACUUCAUGUUGAAAAACUUGCAAGUGUAACAGAAUUAGCAACUGAAGGAUGUAUGAAAAUUCAUUCUGUUUUAGAUAGUGUUAUUCGACAAAAUACAGAAUAUCUUAUGUCAAAAUUAAAAGCAUAAAUAUAUAUUUUAUAUGUUAAACAAGAAUUAUAUAUUAUCAAUUUUUUUUUUUAAAAGUGCCUUUAUAUGUAAGAUAUAAUUAUGUAUAUAUAUUAAAGA